AUGUUCACCAUUCGUUUGAAGCACCGAGUGCGCGCCAUUGCCUUCGCGCCCAAGGCAGCGGGGGCAGGAGGGAGGGGAGGAGGGAGAGGGGGAGCAGAGCCGACACUGGCGCUGGCUCUGCACAAUAACAGCGUGGAGGUGAGACGAGGGGGAAAGGGGGUGAAACGCGGGACAAGGAGAAAAAAGGCGGGGAGGGGAGGAGGGAGAGGGGGAGCAGAGCCGACACUGGCGCUGGCUCUGCAUAAUAACAGCGUGGAUCUGAGGCGAGGGGCCAAGAAGGGGGUCCUUAUGGGGUUUGUUUGUUCUGAGGUGCCUCUGAGAGGGGGAGCAGCAGGGCCGACACUGGCGCUGGCUGGCUCUGCACAACAACAGCGUGGAGCAGAGCCGUCACUGGCGCUGGCUGGCUCUGCACAACAACAGAGUGGUGGUGAGACGAGGGAGAAAGGGGGAGUGAGACGAAGGAGAGGGGAUAGUGAUUCAUUACUGGUGUUGUGGUCACGUCACCUCCCUUCCUUCCAACCCAUGCUGUUCCAUCACCCUACUCCUCCCUCCCUCCCUCCCUCCCUCCCUCAUUCCCUCCCUCCCUCCCCCAUCCUCCCACUCCUCCCCUUCUUCCAGAUCCACACUAUACACGCGGACGGCACCACCCGGGCGGCACAGGUUACUGAGUGGGAGCACCACACGCCUUUCUCCCCUCCCUCAUUCCUCCCUCCUCCCAUCCCCGCCCCUGCCCCUCCCCCCUCCUUUCUUCCAGAUCCACACUAUCCACGCGGACAGCAGCACCCGGGCGGCAUCACUGCAAUCCACACUAUACACGCCGACAGCAGCACCCGGGCAGCAGCGCUGCAGUCUGCCGGCCACCGAUCGGACGUGCGCUCGAUGGCACUCUCCUCGGAUGGCUCGCUUCUUUUGUCCGUUUCCAAAGGCUCCGCCAAGGUCUGGAACCCCGUCACUGGAGCCUGCCUCUCCUCCUUUGACUCGGGUUACGGCCUCUGCUGCCUUUUCGCCCCCGGUGAUAGAUAUGCCAUAGCAGGCACACAAGCAGGCGACCUGGAGGUGUUCUCAGUGGCCAGUGCAGAGCGCACUGCCCUGAUCCAAGCAGCUCACGACAAGGCCGUGUGGGCCAUGGCUGCCCUGCCUGAUAACACAGGCUUCGCCACGGCCUCUGCUGAUGGCUGUGUGAAGUUUUGGGAGUAUCAGAUGCAGCUCAAGGGGUCCGAUGCAGACAAAGAUGCACUGGCGGCAGGGAGGGGCGAGAAGCACUUAACAGUGGUGAACACGCGCACGCUCAAGAUGUCUGACGACGUGCUCAGUGUGGCGUUUAGCCCGGACGGCCGAUACAUUGCUCUCUCGCUCCUCGACUCCACCAUCAAGGUCUUUUUUGUCGACUCGCUGCGUUUCUUCCUCUCGCUGUACGGCCACAAGCUGCCAGCCAUCUGCCUCGACAUCUCCUCCGACUCGCAGCUCGCAGUGUCGGGCUCAGCGGACAAGAGUGUCAAGAUCUGGGGGCUGGAUUUCGGAGAUUGCCACCGGUCUCUGUUUGCCCACCAGGACAGUGUGAUGAGUGUGAAGUUCGUCCCCCGCACACACUACUUCUUCUCAUGUGGCAAGGAUAGAAGGGUGCGGUACUGGGAUGCGGACAAGUUCCAGCUGCUGCUCACACUGGACGGGCACCAUGCAGAGGUGUGGUCGCUGGCCAUCAGCCCACUGGGUGACUUCCUCGUGUCCGGAUCGCACGAUCGCUCCAUCCGCCGCUGGCAGCGCACGGACGAGCCCUUCUUCCUCGAGGAGGAGCGGGAGAAGCAGCUUGAAGCCAUGUUUGAAGCCCGAGCCGUGGCGCUACCAACCGACGCACGCCGCUUGGACGGGGGCGACGACGAGGAGGGCGGCGAAGGCGGGGAGGCGGCAGGGCCGGGCGGCGCAGCGGGGGAGCUGGGCGGCGUGGGAGGGGCGGCGAGGGGCACGCAGGAGACGGUUUGGGCGGCAGACUCGAUCAUCGAGGCGGUGGAGCUGGCUUCCAUGGAAGAAGCUCGGAUGGUUCCUUUCAUCAAGGACCCCAGUGACCCCACCUCGCUGCUCCCCUCCUUCCAGCCCAACGUGCUGCUCCUAGGCCAUGCGCCCGCGGCCUUUGUGCUGAGAGCUCUUGCCCGCGUCAAGCCUUCAGAGCUCGAGCAAGCGCUGCUGGUGCUGCCGUUCACCGUGGCACUGAGGAUUCUCCACUUCGCCCCGCACUGGCUGCACCGCCCGCUGCCGCAGCUGGAGUUUGCCGCCCGGGCGCUCGUGUCCCUCGUGCGCAUCCACCACUCGCAGCUCGUCGCCACGCCCACCGCCCGCCCGCUAUUGGCUGCUGUCCACACACUGCUACGGGCCUCACUCAAGGGCGCAGUAGCAACCGUGGGAUGCAACUUGGCUGCUAUAAGCCACAUCAAGUCCCUUCUCGCAUCAUCCCAGGCGUCCAUCGAAGGGGGAGACGGCACGGGCAUGGCAGAGAAGGUGAAAGAGAUCAGAGAGCGGCUGGCCAAGGGCCGCAACGGUGUGGUUGCGGAGAAGCUGCAGCGGAACAAGGCGGAGAAACGCAAGCGCAGGGCGGAGAAGCAAAAGGUGAAGAGCUGA